GGUGUUAGUGGGAUCUCAUUGUGACUUGGCAGCGAGACUGGAGAAGAACCGACUCGAAUUUACGUCCCGGAGGAAGUUGGGCCAAAAACGCUGUGUUUUCCGGCUUUCGUUGGCUUUCUUCUCCCUGUGUGGAUACUCGAGCUGCUCAACAGAUCCGGGUGCGUAAUUACGCACAGAGUCACAGUCGCGGCGUUGUUGGCUGGCUGGCUGGCUGGGGAAAGACGCGGACAAAGGGAAGCAGGCUGGACUCCAACUGAUUUGAGAAGAGAGGACUCCUUUCGGAAGAAAAACGAGGAGUCGGAAGUCAUUUUCCCCCACGAUUCGCGGAAAAAUACAAGUUGGAGCGUUUUGCAGGAAAAUCACUCACAGUUUGGACUUCAGUGAAAAGGCUUUUUGCAUUCACUUCUAAUUUGAAGAUCCUCGGAGCAUGGGAGGAGUUGUCUUCCAGCAAUAAAAUGUACCCGCUACACCGAGAGAGGGAGCAGCCCAUCUUCAGCGCCCGAGCUCACGUUUUCCAGAUCGACCCGGCUACAAAACGCAACUGGCUGCCGGCCAGUAAGCAUGCAGUCACCGUGUCCUUCUUCUAUGAUGCCAGCCGUAACGUCUACCGCAUCAUCAGUGUGGGCGGGACCAAAGCCAUCAUCAACAGCACCAUCACCCCUAACAUGACCUUCACCAAAACCUCCCAGAAGUUUGGUCAAUGGGCCGACAGCCGGGCCAACACCGUUUACGGCCUUGGCUUUUCCACAGAGCAGCAGCUGCAGCAGUUUGCAGAACAAUUCAAGGAGGUGAAGGAAGCGGCCCGGCUGGCCAGAGAGAAAUCUCAGGAGAGGUACGAACUGGCCAACCCUGCUCUCAACAUCGCCGCCCCACAGCUGUCUCAGGAGCUGUCGGACGACCGUCAUUCCCCGCCGCUGCUGACAGUUAACGGUCCCGGGGAGGAAAAGCUGUUUCGAAGUAAAAGUGCAGAAGUGGAGCUGACAGUGGAGAAGGAGAGAGUCAAGAAGAUGUUGUCUGAAGGGUCCAUGUGUGAAAUCAACCUUGAGGCAGAGCUCUUCACCUUACAGGACAGUAACGCCAAGCUGGUGGCAGCGCUGCAGGAAGCCAACGUCAGCGUGGAGCAAUGGAAGCAGCAGUUGGCUGAGUACCAGGAGGAGACAGAUCGCCUCAGAGACCAGGUGGCAGAAUUGGAGACACAGCUUGGCCAUCCUGCUGCUGCUGCUCACACUGAUAAGGAGGAGCUUAGCCGCUCACUGGAAGAGCUGGAAGCUCUGCUUAGUGCCAAAGACCAGGAAAUUCACAGUCUACAGAGCAAGAGAACUGAUGUGGGGGAGCUGGAGAGGGAAAGAGAAGAGGCCAUUCAGAGACUCCAGGAACUAGAGAGACGAAACACAGAGCUGGAGGCUCAAAUCAAGAGCACCGAAAAGACGCUGGCCUCCAGCAGGGAAGAACAAAAAAAGGCAGAGGUGGACGUCCGGCAUUUCCUCGAGGCCCUCGAUGUCAAAAUAUGCGACCUGAGUGACUUGAGACAAAGUCUGGCAAACCUUGUUGAUAAGUAAUCCCAACUGAAGAAGUCAGGGUGCAUCUCCCACAGUCAAGGCACAUUUCCUCCUCUACUCUAGUCUCAUUUGUAUUUGGCCGACGCAGCGGUUUCCAGCAGAUCUUAAUAAAAUCAUUGUGUGCAAGAGAAACCUCUUAUAGGUGCAAUGCGCACAAUCAAGCAUCUGGGCUUUAUAUUACACCAUGAGCAAAUUUAUAGUGGCUGCAAACAAGCACAUUGAGAACAAAAUGUUGUGGAAUAAAACAAAAGACUGCUUAGCAUAUGCAUUCCGAUUUUUUUUUUUGUUGCAAAAACAAAUUAGUUUUCAGCCACAUUAUGGGCCUAUAACAAUAUUUGGUUUAUAGACAAUAAUGUUUAUUUUUUGCAAUGCAUCACAUUUCUAGUUAUGACUUCCAUUGUCCUCAACUGUGGAAAAUGCACCCGAUUGGCAGUAGGUCAGGGAAGGGACAAACGGAUAUCAAAUGGAUAUCAAAAGCCUGAUUACAAGUCAGCCACAGUUCAGCAUCAGCAGCCAGACGCUCCAUCUAUCUGCGGACCGCCAACAUGCAUUAUUCCCUCACUUAGUUCCCACUGCUCUUCUCUCCACCUCGUCUAUUAUUAAAAUCGACCCGUGGCGUGAGUUUAGAAAUUGAAACACGAGCAACGGCGUCUCUUCACUUGAAAUCUCACAACCAGAGUUGCACUUUUGGACUUUGUUUACAUGUCAGUAUUGCAGUGGUUAGUUUUAGCAUCAGUAAGUGAUAAAAGCCUUUUAGGAGAGAGCACUGCAAGAUCUCUGCAGUACCAAGUAAUGUGAAAUUAUGGAAGUGACUGAUUGAUACAAGCACAAGUGCAGUCGUUUCCUAAAUGGGUACUUAACUGAGCGGCCUGUCAGCUUUGUGAAACUGAUGCAUAAAAAAAAAAAAAAAGCUUUGUAUCGCCUCAUUUUAAUGUAAUCUGGGUA